CCAACUUUUCCUAUAAAUUCAAACUCACCAACCUUGAGUUUCAUAUCCCAAACACCAAAAAAAAAAAAAAAAAACAUAAAACCCCAUAAACAUAUAUUUAACCAACUACCCUUAAUUCCUCUCCUCCUUAAAAAAUCAUAAUAUAUAUUUUUAUAACCAUGAGAGAUUUAAAGGUAAUGGGAGGUAGUGCAGAAACGACAUCACCAACAUCAGCAGUAGUGAUUAAAACGACAACAAAUGUAUGGAAAUCUCCAAUCCCAUACUUGUUUGGAAGCUUAGCUAUCAUGUUGUUACUCAUCAGUUUGGCUUUACUCCUCCUCAUUUGCUCCUACCGCAAACGCUAUUCUUCUUCUGUUGACGAAAAUGAUGAGAACAAGUCUAGUACUAAUCAUAAUAAGAACGUUAAUGGUGAAGAUGAAGAUGAUGGCCCCAAGAUUGUGGUCAUAAUGGCCGGAGACGAAGCCCCAACUUACUUGGCAACUCCUUCACUACUUGCUGUUCUUCCACCUUGCACUUGCUCAUCAGCUGAUCGUGAUGGUGAUGAUGAUGAUCAUGAUCAUGACCAAGCCCCCCAAUCACAUGUUUGAUUAAUCUUAUUAUUAGUUUUUGGUCGUAUGGAUGAUAUUAAACGACAUGUCGUUUUGAUCUUCAAAAUUUUGUUCCAAAUGAGGCAGUUUUGUUAUGUCUUUUCUCUUAGCUUUUUUGGUUUUAAUUUGGUUCUUAUUCUUGCGUCAAAUCAUCAUCUCGCGCGAGAUAUAGAGAAUAUAUAGUGUAGUAUAUAUUUAUAUAUAUAUAUAUAUAUAUUUAUAUAUAAUGAGUUGUACCUUUCUUAUGUUAUAAAUGUUCCGAGGAAUCGAGAUAUAUAUCAUCAUUUAAACACUA